AUGGAAAAACAACCGUUACAGCAGAAGAAAAGCCCACUAAAAAAAGAUGACCACAACCGUCAAAACGAAAGUAAUUCCACAGGUGUAGCUAUUCCUGGAGAUCAGACCUCCACACAUAUAGAAGAAAAAAAUUCACCAGCAGAAGAAAGUGGUCUUAAUGUUUUACACACAAGUGCAGAGAAUAUCACACCAACUAGUAACAGUUCCAUAGUGACAGUAUUAUCUGACCUUGGCACCACAGACCUCAACUUUGAGGUACCCACAGAGGUUUUACAGACAGCUCAACUCUUGACAGAGUUUUCCUCCCAACCAGCUGCUGCCUCAAGUGAUUUGCAAGAUCAUAUACAGUUUACUAACAGUGCUUAUCAACAUGAACCUAAUCAAACUGUGGAGUCACUAUUACAGUCUCACUCAAAGCAGGUGGUCAUAGUGAAUCCUGGUAGAAGUUCAGGCGAGACCACUACAGGCAUUGCCACUGAGAGCAAUUCCCUGAAUGAUGCAAAUAGGCAAACAGUGUUCAUCAUCAAUAAUGAUGGUACAAUGUCAACAGCCCGUAGGUGGGGGACUUAUCUGUGUGAAAGCAAUGGUGAAAGUAGCACAGAGAAUGAUGCUUUACCACAACCUAAUGUGGUAGUUGUGACCAACCCUGGUGCUGAGCAACACAAUGCUGAUGGAACACCCACUACAGCCACCACCACCACCUCCAUACAACAGAACUUCUCCAAUCUCACUAAAUUGCUGGUCCCAGUUGAUUCUGUAGUUCUUAGGAAUAUUGCACCAAAGUCAGAAACUACAGGAACAAACAGAGAGCUCAGCAACAGCAGCAGAUCCUNCAGCCCAGCAGCAGCAGCAGAUCCUGGGGGUCAAAUAGUUUAUGAGCCAAAGAAGCCAUUUAAGUGUGAACUCUGUAGUGCCUCUUUUACUUUACUUGGGAAUCUUAACAGGCAUAGGAUGAUUCAUUCUAUUAAUACCAAGGAAGAAUGCCGUUUCAAGUGCAACGAGUGUGGCCGCUUUUUUCUGCAGCGUUGUGACUUGAUAAGACACACAGAUAUCCACAAUAAGACGGAACCAUACAAGUGUGAGAUAUGUGGAAAAGGCUACAUAAGACGCAGUGACCUGGUUGUACAUACACGGUUUCACAAGAGAGAGAAGCAUUGCCAGUGCACUUAUUGUGGCAAGACUUAUUACCAAUCAGGAGACCUUAAUCGCCAUAUACGCAGUGUACAUCUGCAGUAUAAAAUGUUGACUUGUGGACAUUGUAAGAAAAAGUUCACCAAAGAGGCCACUCUUAUGAGACACAUGCAGGCUAAUCAUAGAGAUAUAAUACUGCAAUCAGUGGACCAAUUAUCAACCCAGACAGACAGAAGUGAGCAUGAAAAUCCAGUCUCUGAGCCUGAUGACUGCCCUAUUACAGAAGACACAGACGCACAAUCAAAAAUGGAACAGAGUAGUCAGUGACUGAUGAGCAACAGGAGCUGACAUGUGCUUCUACCAAAACACUUCUCGCUUUUAUUGAAAGAAAGUAC